UACUGUGGACUAGCCCCUCAAACUGAGUGGAACAGAAAUAUCUGCAGAUACAUAUGUGAACAGAUGUGUAUGGCAUGCAGGUCUGGAUGCAUAGACAGAUGGGAGGAUGGAUAAGUCGAUGAACUGAUGGAUAAAUAAGUAGAAGGUUGCAUGGAUUGAUGAUGGGUAGAAUGGGAAGUAACUGGACAGAUGGAUAAGUAGGUGACUGGGUGAAUAAAUGGAUAAAUGGACUGGUAGGUGAAUAGGUAGUAGAUGGGCAGGGGAGGAUGUAAGUGGACCGAUGGAUAGCUAGGGGAACACCUGGAUGGAUGAGUGGGCAGAUCGAUGGACGAGCUACUGAAUGAGAAGAGAAGGUAGGUGAAUAAAUAAUGGGGGAGCAGGGGAUUACAUGUGGAUAGUUUUGGGAGUCAUUAGGUAGUUGGAGUAAAUAUACAAAUGCGUGGGUGGGCGGGUGGAGAAAGGGACACAGUGCGAUGAGCUAAGAAGUGGAGGUACAUGGAAAGGCUAACAUUGGCCCUGCAUCACUGCUCCCCAGCCCACACACCUACUAAAGAUGAGGCCUCUAUGCCAUGCCCUGUGCACCCCCUCUCACAUCACUCUACUAAUGACACUGUCAGGUUGGGGCCACUCCACCUGACGGCUGAGGAGACAAUGCUAGUCGUUUGCUCAAGGACACGGCAGGUCAGCACAGCUGGGGUUGGAACCCUCCUGCCAGCUGCACUUGUACCCAGUGCUCUUGUCACAGCAGCAGAGCCCUCUGAGGGAGGAGGGGUGACCUGAGGCUCCUGGAUGUGGACAGAUGGACACUCCCCCUCAGAGUGGACCUGCCUGGGGAAGAAGCUGGUAUGGGGUGGGACCUCUCCCUUGUCCCCAUCUGAACUCUUCCCACCCCCCCCAUGACAUUCAAAACCAGGAGGAUGGUGCUCCGGUCCCAGCAGUCUUGGUUAGAGUUGGCUUUAACCCAUGCCCCCCCCCCCCCAGCAGCUUUGGGGGUCUGGCGAUCUAGAGAGACGCUCCCCACCAGCCCUCCAUCCACACCUUCUCCAGCCUUGGGGGGCAGGGAGGGGACAGCGCUGCAUCAUUCCCCGUGGCACUCCUCUCUAAGGCCAUUAACAGACGCCUCCCCAUCGAUCGCAUCUGCUAAGUGCUGCUGAUUCAGACGGGUGGGGGUGGGGUCCCCUAGGGGCAGAGGGGUAGGAGCCGGGCAUGGAGAGGGGAGUCCAGGAAGGAGGUGGGGAGAACUGGCAAAGCUCCCUACCACCCCCAUUUUCCAGAUGACGCGACUGAGGCCCAACCAGCUUUAUAGGAGGCGGAGUCUCCCCAGGGUCCCUCUCAGGCGGUCCUAGGGGAGGGGGCUCUGGGAGCCACGAGGCCCCUCCCUGCCUCGCCAUCUCCCGGCAAGCUCAGAGGGGCGGGGAGAGAGAGCCAGAGGAGGAGGAGAACUCGGGCAGCUCUGCAGAGGGGGGCCGGAGCUCCGGUGUUUGGUACCCCAGCCCCUCCGUUGUUGCCGAUUGCUGCAGUGGGCACACAGGUGAGGUCGGCCCUGUGGGGAGUGGGAGGGGGCCACCGCCAGCGCUGCCCUUGCCCUUCCCUGGUCCAGCUCCCACGCCCUAGCCCAUCCUGGGACAGUCCCCUGGACCUUGUCCUUGCAGAGCCGCCUUCCAGGGACCCAGCCCCCUCCCCUGUCUGUGCUGCCUUCUCUCCCAGGCCUGGCUGUGGCUGCUUCUCCUCCUCCUGCAGCCGCUGCUGCUGCCGCCCAGCGCACACCACCAGCCCCUCGGGAUGUGGUUUCCCCAGACCAGCCCCCAGGAGUGGGACACAGCCUGAUCUUGGCUUCCCUCGCCGGCCUCCUGCCAGGCCCAGCAGCCCCCCUUCCUGGAGACACACCCAACUCCCUCUCAACAUCCCACUCCGAUUCCCAGCCCGUUUUGAGGGGAACCCCCUUUUUCUCUUAGUCUUUUGCAAGCCUCUGGGUGUGUGUCCAACUUCCUUCCAGUGGAGCGCAGCCCCUUGGGGUUCCCCGGGCCCCUUCCCUGUCCCUGGAACUCCUGAGAGUGGAGCAGGCUUUCCCAGGCCCCCAAGACACCCCUCAGCCUCUGAAAAAUAACCUCGCCCUUGCUCUGCCCCGUUAGACACCCCACUCCCUGCUCCAGCCCCACCUCUCCUUCCUUCCCCAAACUCCUGUAGAAUGUAGACACCCCCCACCCCCAGGCUAUUCUUGGCAGCUCUAGGCACUCCCAGGACACCUCUCAGCCUCUUUACAACCUCCUGGCUCUAGACAUCCCGUAGGUGGUGCACCAACCCCUUUCCUAGAUCCAAGAAGGGAUUCCAACCCCCUUCUCUUUUCCCAGAAGUCUUCAGGGUGUGGACCCCCCUCGUCACCUGUCUCACCACCCCCCCCUAGCCUAGAACUCCCCUCCAGACACCGAUCUCAGCCUCUUCAAACCCUUCUGGUCCCAUUUCUACCCCCCAGAAUGCCCCGACCCCCUGUCCAACGCAGCUAAAUAGAUCUAGUCCCUUCUUCCGUCAGGACUCCCGAGUGUGGACAGCUCCCGUGUUUCUUGCCCCCACUAGAUACCCUGGGAUCUCUCAGGCACACGCUGACCCCUCUAGAAUCAUCUGUCCCUAAACGCUCCCUCAGAUCCUUCUCUGACCCUCCAGACGCCCUUUCUGUUCUCCUUCCCAUGUCCCCUAGCCCCUUCUCAGUCCCUCGAGUCAUCCGUCUGGUCCCUCCCAGGCCCUCUAAAUGCCCUCCAGGCCCCUGCCCCUGUGUCUAGUACCUCCUCCACUUUCCUCUCGGCGUCUCUAGACAUCCCCAGUUUCCUUGUGUGAGUGGCCCAGGGCCCCUCCGAGCCCCCACCAUCCUGGAGACAGCCACCUUCUCCUAAAGGCCAGCCCUCCCCCAUCCCCCCCAAGUCUCCGAGGGCCUGGGGCGCGGCAGGAUGGCCGCAGGCGUGGCCACGUGGCUGCCCUUCGCGCGGGCGGCUGCGGUGGGCUGGCUGCCCCUGGCCCAGCAGCCCCUACCCCCGGCGCCGGGGGUGAAGGCCUCCCGGGGGGACGAGGUUCUGGUGGUGAACGUGAGCGGACGGCGCUUCGAGACGUGGAAGAACACGCUGGACCGGUACCCGGACACCCUGCUGGGCAGCUCGGAGAAGGAGUUCUUCUACGAUGCCGACUCGGGCGAGUACUUCUUCGAUCGCGACCCCGACAUGUUCCGCCAUGUGCUCAACUUCUACCGCACCGGCCGCCUGCACUGCCCGCGCCAGGAGUGCAUCCAGGCCUUCGACGAGGAGCUGGCCUUCUACGGCCUGGUGCCCGAGCUGGUGGGCGACUGCUGCCUGGAGGAGUACCGCGAUCGCAAGAAGGAGAACGCCGAGCGCCUGGCGGAGGACGAGGAGGCCGAGCAGGCCGCCGAGGGGCCGGCCCUGCGCGCGGGCAGCUCCCUGCGCCAGCGGCUCUGGCGGGCCUUCGAGAACCCGCACACCAGCACGGCGGCCCUGGUGUUCUACUACGUGACGGGCUUCUUCAUCGCCGUGUCGGUGAUCGCCAACGUGGUGGAGACCAUCCCGUGCCGCAGCCUGGCGCGACGGCCCCCCGGGGAGCAGCCGUGCGGGGACCGCUUCCCCACGGCCUUCUUCUGCAUGGACACGGCCUGCGUGCUCAUCUUCACCGGGGAGUACCUGCUGCGGCUCUUCGCCGCCCCCAGCCGCUGCCGCUUCCUGCGCAGCGUCAUGAGCCUCAUCGACGUGGUGGCCAUCUUGCCCUACUACAUCGGCCUCUUCGUGCCCAAGAACGAGGACGUGUCCGGCGCCUUCGUCACCCUCCGCGUGUUCCGCGUCUUCCGCAUCUUCAAGUUCUCGAGGCACUCGCAGGGCCUGCGGAUUCUGGGCUACACGCUCAAGAGCUGCGCCUCCGAGCUGGGCUUCCUCCUCUUCUCCCUCACCAUGGCCAUCAUCAUCUUCGCCACCGUCAUGUUCUACGCCGAGAAGGGCACAAAGAAGACCAACUUCACUAGCAUCCCCGCGGCCUUCUGGUAUACCAUUGUCACCAUGACCACGCUGGGAUACGGAGACAUGGUGCCCAGCACCAUUGCUGGCAAGAUUUUCGGAUCCAUCUGCUCACUCAGUGGUGUCCUGGUCAUCGCUCUGCCUGUGCCAGUCAUUGUUUCUAACUUCAGCCGCAUCUACCACCAGAACCAGCGCGCUGAUAAGCGCCGAGCACAGCAGAAGGUGCGCUUAGCAAGGAUCCGGUUGGCAAAGAGUGGGACCACCAACGCCUUCCUGCAGUACAAGCAGAACAGGGGCCUUGAGGACAGCGGCAGUGGGGAGGACCAGGCCCUGUGUGUCAGGAACCGGUCUGCUUUUGAGAAACAACACCACCACUUGCUGCACUGUCUGGAGAAGACAACGUGCCACGAGUUCACAGAUGAGCUGACCUUCAAUGAGGCCCUGGGUGCUGUCUCGCUGGGUGGCCGCACCAGCCGCAGCACCUCUGUGUCCUCCCAGCCGGUGGGGCCUGGCAACCUGCUAUCCUCUUGCUGCCCCCGCAGGGCCAAGCGCCGUGCCUUGCGCCUUGCCAACUCCACUGCCUCGGUCAGCCGUGCCAGCAUGCAGGAGCUGGACACGCUGCGGAGGAGCCCCGUCCCUCAGAGCCGCUCAAGCCUCAAUGCCAAGCUCCAUGACAACCUUGACCUGAACUGCGACAGCCGGGACUUUGUGGCUGCCAUCAUCAGUAUCCCUACCCCUCCUGCCAACACCCCAGAUGAGAGCCGACCGUCCUCCCCUGGUGGUGGGGGCGGGGCCAGCAGCACCCUCAGGAACUCUAGCCUGGGUACCCCUUGCCUCCUCCCUGAGACUGUGAAGAUCUCUUCCCUGUGAGGGUUGGGCCCAACCAUCCAGAGGGCCCUCUUGAUUCUAGGGGACUCCUUUCCAAAGCCAUAUUUUUGGGGAGACAGAUAAGGGCAGGCCUGGGGAACCCCUUCUGCCCCUCUCCCCCAUUGAGAACUAUGCAAUGGAGUUUCCUGGAAUGGCCUAUGUUGUGGGGAUGUAGCCAGGGAAUGGGACACCUCCCCCACCCCAGACAGAUUUCCUGGUGGUAGGUGAGUGGCUAGGCUUCCUCAGGCUCCAGCACACUGGGACCGGACCCUCCCCCAGAGCUGGCCUCCUGCAUGCUCCUCCCCUUGGGCCCUCAGGCUCCCACCUGACAUCUGAGCUCAAGCCUGAGAAGACGUGACACUUCCCCUUCUCUCUAUCAGGGGGUGUGGAGGUUUGGGGAUUCCGGGAAGAGAGGUCCCCACCCUCCACCAGGCCCAACAACACCUAAAUUCCAAAGCUUGGAAUGCAACCACAAAGCUUCAAGGGCUGUGGCCUCAGCAGUGACUUUCCACCCCCAGGCCUAGCCUCAGGGGUCAGGCUGCCUCUCCCAACACGCUCAGAUAGCACAAACACUACCCCCUCCUCUGGCUGCUGGGAAUGGGUCGUGGCCACCUCCAUCCUCCUCCGCUGGGCCCCCAGCAAACUCUAGCAAUAGCAGCUGCUGCUGUGACAUUAUGCAAAGCCUCUGCCCAGUUUGCUGCAUUUACAUCUGCCCUAAUCAGAGGGGCCACCUCUAAUACUCCUCCUCCUCUCCCCUCCGGUCUGCUUCUUUCCUGGGUUGGGCCGGAGUCUGGACCGGCUGAGAUAAGCACCUGGCAACCAACCAGGGUUGGGCUGGGUUUGGAGAUCAGGAGCUGAUGCCUGGUACUUGGGCAGGAAUCCAGAAGCAACCGGAGCUGAGGCCGGGGUUGUUCUUGAAUCCUGGGAGUUGGAGGCAGAAGGGACUUCUCUGCUCCUCCCCACAAUACCUUUUCGCGUAUUCCUCUCUCUUCUCCCUCUCGGGUCACCUUCCGGAACCCUGUUGUUUGCUCUCAGGCUGAUUAUCUGGCAUUAUCUCAGGUUCCCUGUCCCCAGCGCUGUCCCCGCAGAGCUGGUGGCUGAAUAAGAUGUAGUUUUCCUCCGUCAAUAAAACCUGAGAGGAGAGACGAGGAUGAACACCUCCUGGUUCCGUGGCUUUGGGGCUGGAGAGGGCUGGGGAGAUCAAAGUCCUCUGAUUUAAAUUCCUUCCCACCAAGAGAAGGGCCGGUGUGGGUGAAGGUAUGGGAGGUAGAUGGUUGGUGACGGGUUCUAGAAGAUGGGGAUUUAGGAGAAAUGAAAAAGCAGGGCUUGAAGAGUUGACUCGCCAGCCAGCGAGGCAGAGUAGGAGGUCCUGAGACACGCGGACAUCGUCUGCUGCAGCUUCCUCACUCACAGAUGGGGAAACUGAGACCCAGAGCAGCACAUACUUGGUUUGGGGGAGACUUAAACCCCGGUUUCCUGACAGAAAGUGGCUCUGAAUUGAACCCUGAUGAAAAGCAUCGCUCAGUGUGGCAACCCCCGUUCCUUGUGGAUGGCCCUUCAUUUUCUCCUCUGAGCUACUGGGUAGAGUAGGCUAGCGUGUGACUGAGCUCUGUGGAGUACUGAGAAGACAGACCUUGGAUUCAGGUCAACCUGAAUUCCAAUCCCUGGGAAAGAGAACGACUUACCUUUUCUUACCUCAGGCUGCUAAUCUGUGAAAUAGAGAUAAUCCUUUCUUCUGUUCACCAAAUAUUUAUUCACUGGAUAUCAUCUUCUAGCCCUAUGGGUACGGAGAUGGGCAAAGUAGACAUCAUUUCCGUUCUACAGAGGUGAACACGGAAGGCAAAUGAGCAAUUACAGUAUAGUGCAGGAGAACCAAGAUCGAUGGAUUACAGAAGCAUGUGGAGAAUCUAACCUGGCUGGCACAGGAAGAACGAGGGCAGUUAGCCAGGUGAGAGGCAAAAGGGUAAAGAUGUUUCGGGCAGAGGAAACAGCGUGUGCAAAGGCCUAGAGGUUAGAGAGCGAGCUUGGGGGUCUUUGGGGAACUCAAAUUAGUUGAGUAGAGCUGGGAAAGAGAGUGUGAGGCUACGAUGAGGGUGAGAAUGUAGAGGUGAGUCAGAUCACAAAAGGCCUUUGACGCUAGGAUACAGACUUUGGACUUCAUCCUAAGGAUAAUGGGGACCUCUAAAGGCUUACCAACAGAAAGUCAUCAUGCGGUUCGUGCUUCAGAAUGAUCAUUCUGGUUGUGGAGAGUGGGUUCGAGAGAAACACCCCUGAAGGGAGAAAGAGCAGUGAGAAGGAGGCUUUUGGUCAACACAACAGGCCCAGUAAACGUGAGUCCUCUCCCAUGAAGUGGUGCCCUGGCGGGUAGUGGCAGUAAGAGUUGGAGAGGUAGAAUUGGCAGGGCUUGGGAUUGACCGGCAUCUGGGAGUUGGGGAAGUGGCAAGGUUGACUCAUAGGUUUCUGGUUUGGGCAAAGGCUGGGGUGCCAUGCACUGUCAAAGGUAACAUCCAAGCUGUUAGCACCCAGUUCCAGGCACACAGUAAGUGCUUGGUGAUGCCUAGCUACCCUUGUGUAAGUUCCGUUUUAGAUGUGUGGUGCUAGUCAAAUAUCCAGUAGGGAGUGGGAUAUAUGGGUCGAGUGACAUGGUCAUGAAAAGACUCAAUGUGAUAAUGUACAUAGGCGCAGUGGCUCUGAACACAAUAGGUCCAAUAAACUUGAAUCCUCUCCCAUUAAGUGUCAUGAAAAAAAAAACAUACAAUAGUACAUCUAUUACUGACACCCUUCAGGGAAGACUUCAACUAGGGUUGGCUCUGAAGGAAGUUUACAUGGCACUCUGAAGAGCUUUUUGAUGGUCUCUCUUUCAGUCAAUCUACUGUAUGACUUGGCCUCUAAGACACAGCAAGCCCCCACCUCUCACAGCAGCUUCUUGGUUUAUGAGCUCAAUGGAAUCCCACAACUCCCCGAGGUAGUCUGGGCAGGCUUUAUCAUUCCCAUUUUACACACGGGUAAGCUCAAAUUUGAGACACAGCGACUUGCUCAGGGUCCUACAGUUGGUAAUGGGCCAUCCAUGUCUGGAACUGAGGUCUUCCUGACUCCAAAGCCUGGGACCCUUGCCUGCGCACCAUCAUGCUAAUUUAUUGAGCACUUACUAAGUGCCAGGAACACUAUCAGACCCUUUGUGAGUCUGGCCCUUAAACUGGAAACAUCAUUGCCAUUUUAUAGAGAAGUAAAUGUUGAGUUUGAGUGGAUGUUAAAUGACUGGCCAGGGAUCACACACACAAGAGGAGAAGGGCUAGAUUAGCUUGUUAACUCUUUGGCUACUCAGCAGAGAUUUUCCUAACCCCAGCGUGAGAGACGCUGGCUAGACAGAGAUGAAUACAUCCAGUGUAGCUCAAACCAGGUAAACAGUUUCCGAAACAAGUAAAUAAAAGGCGGGGAUGCGGCGCCUGCGCACCAGCCGCAGGGGCGGGGAGGUCAACGCGGGGGCGAACGUGAGGUAGUGCCAAAGGGGGCGCGUCCGCUUCCCAAACACCCACAGUCCCCACGGUGCGCGGCCGACCCCUGGUUGGCUCGUCGGCUCGAGUGACAGCGCCUCUCAAGCAAUCAUCGCAGUCCUCGGCCUUUUACAGCGCGAAGCCCCGCCCGCCGGUCCGGGGGCGUGGCUUUACCGGUGGGCGGGACCGGAACUGACGCUACGCGGGACUGCUAUGCUCCGGGAGUGUUGAUAUUUUCCUGUCAGUCCCACUGACAGCGGCCAAGUUGGAAGCCCGGAAGGGAGGCGCUUUUUAAAACUCGUGCACGGGGCCAGGUCAAGCCGUCCUGCCCGUCGCCGCACCGCCGCCCGCCAGCCAGAGCCUCAGGGAAAGAAGUCAAGAGCGGGACGGCGCGGCCAGAAGAAAGGCCGAGAACCGGGGCGCCGACUUAGACUGAAAUCCGAGCCGGAGGGCACGGGAGGGCGAUCGCUCACCUCUGAUUGGCCCUGGGGCGUCAGCGAGGACCCACGCAGCCACUUCGAUAGGUCGGUGCCCGCGAUUGUUGUGGCGGCGGCGAGGAUUUUGCCCACGUACUUCCGAGCCGGAGGCGGGGCCGUGCCGCGGCGCGCUUGCGCGGCGCCCCUGGACCCCACCCGGUAGUUCAAGAACCUGCGAGGGGGCGGGGCGAAGAGGUGCUUGUUUUGGUUGAGUUUCCCUUGACCGGGAAGGCCGGAAAGAACGUAACAAUCAACUUGCCGAA